AUGGGACUUUGUUUAGCCAAGCAUAAGAGAGAUGGGGAUGAUUCUGAUCAUGACAUUGAAUUUACGGGUGGAAAUGUGCACCUCAUCACAACUGAGGAAAGUUGGGAACAAAAGAUGGCAGAAGCAAAGAGAGAUGGCAGGAUUGUGAUUGCAAAUUUUAGCGCUGCAUGGUGUGGUCCCUGUAGAAUUAUUUCACCCUUUUACAUCGAGCUGUCUGAGAAACAUCCUUCACUAAUGUUUCUAGUAAUCGAUGUUGAUGAGCUAACUGAUUUCAGUACAACAUGGGACAUCAAAGCGACUCCAACAGGUUUCUUCUCAGGCAUAGUUUUUAUGAUGUGCGCUCCACCUAUAUGGUUUGGAUUGCCAGAUUAUUAUCAAAUUGUUGCCGUCCCAUUGUGA